UAAUUAAUACAAUGUUGUUUUACAAAUUCUUUUCAUUUCAUGAUUUGUUGAAUUCUACACAAUUUCAGAUGGCCAGAUCCUAUGUUUGCUGGGACAUUCUUUGCUGGAUUGCUCCAUACAGCCAUCUUGCAGAUAUUUUAUCUGAUACCAAAUUACAAUGAGUAUCCAGUUUUCAUUGUCAUGGCUACUCUCCUAGGACUGAAUCUAUUUUAUAUGUAUUACAAAAUCCUAAGAAGUGAUCCAGGAGCUGCUAAAGAAUCAGUACGAGAUCAAGAGAGCGGUAAAUGUAUGACACUUGUCGACUUGUGUGUUCCCCAAAGAAAGGUUGAUCUUUACUGUCCUGUCUGUGAGGUUGUCAGGGCUCCAAGAACAAAACACUGUAGACUGUGUGAACAGUGCUAUGAAAACAUGGACCACCACUGCCUUUUCCUCCUGAUCUGCUUGGCCAAAAAGAACCAUGCCCUCUUCUGCUGGUUCAUCAUCUGUUGUCUGGUUUCCAUGACACUAUUCCUGGUGCACUGUGCCUUGUACAUUUCUAGAGCCUACUCUGAUUUAACUUACAGCAACACCUUUUACACUAUGCUUUGGACAGACUGUUGGGUGCUGAGUUUGAUCGCCAUGAACGCCGCCUCCAUACUGUGGGGCGUGAACCUCCUGAGGUUCCAGUUCUCGGUGGUGUCCCGGGGAAUGACCACGGUGUUCAUGAGUAGAACCAAAACGGCCCUGACUCAACAGGAGAGAAUCGUCAACAUUCUAUACUUCCUGAUGGGAAGGGAGCCUUUUGCUGAGGAUCCGUUAAUUUGCUCACAAAACACACACACUGUCUGAGGGCAUUAUGUUUUUUUGAUCUGUUUUUACAAGCUUUGUCUUUAUUAUGUAAUGUAUGGUAUUGUACAUGUAUGUACUAGUAUAUUUUAUUGUAACCAUGAUCUUGUGUCAUGUAAACUGAGAUCUCUUCUGUAUGAUGUUGUUUGAUAAUAAGAUUAUUUCUCUCACUUUUCUGAUACCCCGGUAAUCUGAUUAUUACAAUCAACAACAAAUGGAUUACAAUCCAAAAGUGAGAAAUCUGCAGGUGUUUCAUAUCUUUUUUUUUUAUUUAAAGAAGCCUUUUGCUUUUAUAUGAAUUGGAUAAUAAUUAGAAAGCCCAUGCCAAUAAAUGCUAAUUUUACUUUAAAAUACAUUUGUACAACAAUAUACGGGUUUUGUAGUUAUUCACAAUCAUAUGGCCCUAUUUAUAAGGACAUUGCAUUUAAUUAGCAUAUUACCGGGUAACCCAUUUUAAGAAAGUGUAUUUCUCCAUUGGUUAUUAUAUACUUAUAGUAUGGUGCCUUUGUUGUUACGUUACCUGUCAAUCAAUUAUUUAAUGUAAAUUUUUAUUUUAGUUAUGAUAUUUAUUGUUAGAGUAAAUGUUUUUGUCCAAUAUCUACAUUGUAUGACACAAUCUUGUGUAAAAUUUCAGAAUUCCAGAUUUAAAAUUUUUUAUUAUUACAAUAAUAUAUUGUGCUUCAAAAA